AUGUCGAACGAUUCCAACGUCUACUUGAAGACCGCCCGCUACGGCAAGGACUUGGUCCGUCUUAUGCGCGUUUACAAGGAAGGAAAUGUCCAGCGCUGCACUGAAUUGACUGUUCGACUCUUGUUGGAAGGUGACAUUGAGACUUCAUACACCAAGGCUGACAACUCGGUUGUUGUUACUACCGACACUUGCAAGAACACCUGCAACAUCAUUGCCAAGCGCAGCGCCAACGUGGAUAACAUUGAAGUGUACGCCCAGGAGAUCACCCGCCACGUCCUCAACCAGUACAAGCAUAUCUCCAGCGCUCACGUCAAGAUCAUCAAGCACAAGUGGACUCGCUUGCUUGUUGAUGGCAAGCCCCACCCCCACUCGUUCGUCCGUGACGGCGAGGAUAUCUCGACCACCGAAGUCGAUCACUACCGUGCCGGUGACAAGAUCUCCAUCAAGUCUGGUCUUGACAAGCUCUUGGUUUUGAAGACGACUGGCUCGGCCUUCCACGGAUUCUACAAGGAUGAGUACACCGUCUUGCCCGAGGUCUGGGACCGUAUCUUCUCCACUGCCGUCAACUGCACCUGGACCUUCGGUCCUACCUCGGCUGCCGCCUUGGCCAAGGUUGACUUCCCCGCCGUCCACGCCGGUGUUCGCAAGAUCACCACCGAUACCUUUGCCACCGACGACUCCGCUUCCGUCCAGGCCACUCUCUACUUGAUGCAAAAGCACAUCUUGGCUCAGUUCCCUGCCGUUGCCGAGGUCUACUAUGCUCUCCCCAACAAGCACUACGUUGGUGUUGACAUGAGCAAGUUCAACAUUGACAACGCUGGCAAGAACAUGGAAGUCUACCACCCCCAGGCCGAUCCCUCCGGUUUGAUCACUGCCACUCUCGCUCGCAAGCAACAGGCCAAGUUGUAA